AUGGCUGUAAUUGCCAUCUUGCCUUUUCAGAUUAUAGUUGGGACUCUGGCCAAUGUCCUUCUCUUCUUCUACAAUGUGUCUAGACCGAGGCCCACACAAGUGAUUUUCUGUCACUUGGCUGUGGCCAAUGUCUUACUUCUCACCACCGGGAUUCCUCUCAUCAUGGUGGCUUUCGUUUCAAGACAUCCCCGGUCUAGUCUUGGAUGUCAGGUGGUCUACUACAUUAACCAUGUUGCUCACAGUGCCGUGCUGUGCUCCACCUGUGUUCUGAGCGCCUAUCAGGCAUUCACACUCAUCCCUGGGAGUGGAAGAAGGGUGGUUAUGAUAGGGAGACAAGUCCUGGGGUCCACUGGUCAUACCUGCUGUGCCUGCUGGGUGUACAGCACCCUAAUAAGCACCUACCUUCCCAGUAGACUCACAGGUCCACAGUACAAGCACAACCACACCCAUCCCCACAACCAGUGGUUCUGCUCAUCCUUAGGCAGUACUGUGGGCUUUGUUUUCUUGUUGUUUGUCUCUAAUGCCAUAUUUAUUGGCCUUGUGGGCUGGGCCAGUGGGUCCGUGAUUCUUCUCCUGCAUAGACACCACAAGAGACAGCAGCAGAUUCACACCUCCAGCCACUGUCACAGAGGCUCCCCAGAGACCAGGGCAGCUUACACUGUCUUGAUGCUGGUUGUCACCUUCGUCUUUUUUCAUACAGUGAUGCAGAAAUCAGAUGACCACACAUUGAACCUUGCUGAAGAUAGAGAACAUGAGCGUGUAGAGUUGCCCCCCUAG